AUGGCACAGGUAGCAUCCAAAACAUGUGAAAUUGGUUUUAGCGCCUCAGGAUCACAAUACUGCUUAGAGUGCGAACAAUAUGUUUGCGAAAAUUGUAAAAUCUUUCAUAAAAGGCAGAAAUUGUCAAAAAAUCACCAGUUUCAGUCUUCAGCAGACGAUAUUCCGGAAGCUAAAUUUAAAUGUAAGGAUCACAAUGAAGAUGUCAGUUUAUUGUGUAAUACAUGUAACGUAGUAGUAUGCAGCAAAUGUGUAACUGGAAAUCACAAAGGACAUGCCUUUUCACAGCUUAUGGAUAGCAUAACACAGCUGAAAGAGAAAACUAAAAAGGAUGUGCGUAGAAAGGUACAGGAGGCAACUUUAAACAUGAAAAAGAUCGAAGAAGGUCAGCAGGCGUUUGCUAUGAAGAUUGAAGUAGUAGUUAAAACUAUUACCGAGGAAGGUACAAAGAUAAAGGCUAUGGUUGAUAAAUAUAUCGAAAAGAUGAUUACAUCGAUCAAGAAUCAAUCCAUGUUGGAAAAGGACAAACUGGCAAAAUCAAUGGCAGGUUAUAACAUGGUUUUGAAGUCGGGGAUCCAUCUACACAAGAAAAUACACGAACUAGACAAGAAACUAAACGAAGGAAAAUUGUUACAGUCUUUACAGCUAAUUACAGUCCGUAAAAGAUAA